AUGCUCGAGCAGAUUGGAGUCGUGAAGAAAGAGGCAGACAUCCGGUACUGGAUGGUGUCGGCUAUGGAGAGACUAGCCUUGCCGAACCCCGCGUUCAUUGACCUUUCCGUCGCUGCCAACGUGAAGAUGCAGCACGCCGUUUUUCCCGAUCAACCGGAGCGACCUCCGGUAGGACAGCAACCCCCAGCCGAGCAGCAGCAGCCGAGCUCCGAACACCCGUCCAAUCCCGACCCAUCAGACUCCGACUUGCGCACAGAGCUAGAGUUGUUGCGAGUUGAGCACACAGCGACUCGGGCUCGAGUCGAGAUGUUGGAGAGUGAGCAACAGAACCUCCGAGAUCUUAUUCGGGAUUUGCUGGACGGGCGGCGACAGGCGAACACUGGCCCCCUUCCCACUGCUGCCACCGAUCGUGCCGACCGCACGCAUUAG